GAUCUGCUGUGCAACAGGCUCCUUCUGCUGGGGUUUGUGCUGUCAUUUUCAAAGAGGGAGGAACUCCAUCAGGACCGUCGAUGGACUUGAGUUUGCUUCAAGCUCUCGAGAGGGAGAGGAUCCUGGAAGUGCUUCGGAGGGACAAACUGUUGCGUAGCGGAGAGGAAGAUCGGAUCAGGAGAAUGAAGUUGGAGCUGCAGGAGCUUCGAAGGAGAGGCACCAAGAGUUACACCAAGGACUACAGUGUGAGGACGUGCGCUCGCUGCCAGAGGCCACUGGGAAAGUUGUGUAACACCGGUGCAGUGUGCCGUGGAUGCAGCCACCGCGUCUGCAGCAAGUGUCGCGUGUGCGUAGGGGAGGCGCGCUGGAAGUGCACCGUCUGCUACGCGGACAGAGAGUUGAAGAUCCGGUCUGGAGAGUGGUUUUUGGAUGAAAAGAUUAAGAAAUAUCCAACCAUCAAAGACAAAUACGAGACGGUUGGAGAGAAGCUAUUGAAGACCUAUAAUGUGCUGAGUCACAUAUCAAUCGUACUACCGACUCCGCCUCCUCACUCCGAUCUGAGCGGCUCUUGGGAUCAGAACAAGAGCAGCAUUUUUCCUAAAUCGAUGGAGGAUUUUGUGUUUUCGCUCACCAGCAAUAUUAAAAAGAUUUCCACAUCUCUAAAUGAUGUUGGAGAGGACUUGCUGAACGUGGACAGUGGUAAACAGUUGCACUAUAGCGCGCACAAGAGCCUGUCUGACACCGAAAUCAGCAAAUCUGUCAAAUUGCACCAAGGCCUUCCCAACUUGUCCAAGAAAAGCAAAAACAGCGACCAAGAAGGUUCCUCCACAGAAGAAAGCCCCACCAGCUCAGACUCCGAUGGAAAGCAAGUCAGCAGCAGCAGCAUCAUCACAGAGCGCAGUGUCUUUGAAGGCAUCACUUGUAUGAGCGGAGAGCUGGAGCUAGCUGUGGCCUACAAUUCCGACGCUUCCUGCCUGGAGAUCACAGUGGGAGCUUGUAGAAAUCUCCCCUACGGAGACACCAGGAAGAGGAGGUGUCACCCGUAUGUCAAAAUGUACGUCAUGCCACCCAAGAGCAACAAGCUCAAGACGGCAGUCAAGAGGAACACCACCCAUCCUGUUUAUAAUCAACUUUUUCAAUAUCACAUAGAGCGCCACCUGCUGACAGGAAAAAGACUGCAGGCUUCCGUGUGGCAUUCAGGAACUCUACACAGGAAAGUUUUUCUCGGAGAGAUCCUCAUCCCAUUGGAUGGAUGGAAAUUUGAGGACAAAAACUUCCAGCGCUUCAACUGGUACCCGCUGUGUCCCGAGCACACAGAGUUUCCAGACGGGGGCGCUGUGGAUCUACAUGGAGGAGAACGACUACACAGGUUUCAGUCCAGCUUCUACAGGCAGAGUGUCUGAUUGUAGACAAUGAAAGUCCAGACUGGGAUUGGCGAGGCCACCAAAAAUCACUUCUACGCUUGGGACACUUUUAAAAGUAACUAAAGUAAAACUACUUUUUCAGCCCAUUUAUAAGUGGUGGCAGACAUUCUGAAGGAUGUGCAGGCUGUCAUGUCAGUGAUAUCAUGACAAUAGAACAAUUGCAAACAUGUCCAAUGUGAACAUUCAUUCACUGAUGUGUAUUUGUGCUAUAAAUCAUGCAUACAUUGAUAGAAUGUAUACAAUGCAAGCAUUUGUGGCAAGUAUGAAGUGUAUAAUCCUUCUGGAUCAUUUUAUGCUUUUAAGGUUAUAUACAGAUAGAUAUAUAUAUUUUGUUGUGUAUGAAGCUGUUACAUUACUUGAUUGUAAUAUAUUUGAUUAGUUUCCUUCUCUGUAACACUUUUAAUCUUUUAAAGAAGAUUUUUCCUCAGUAUUUUCAAAUAGAAGGUAGCAGGACGUUUCUUUAAAAAUAUUAUAUU